GGGAACGUUUCGGGUACCUUUUGGUUGUUAACAAAAACUUACGGGCUUCGAAGGCAACUUUUGAAAAUUUUUCAUUAUCUGCACAUUAUCUGCACGGUCACCGUUUUCGAAAUCCAUUUUCAGAAAUCAGAAAAAUGUAAGGGAGCUCCCUCUGCACAGGAGCAUCUUCUUGAUAAUUUUGUCAUCGGCAGACUGAGCUAUUUAAUGUUCCUCAUGUUGCGUAGCGCCCUAAAAGGGAGCCCACUCUUGCGGCCGCCUUCAGUCCAAGAUUUUUGCCGUACAGGAGUCAAAGUCUGUCCGGAACAGAGGUGACGCGUUUCUCUUAAAAUAAAGCAUCUUUGGACCAGCGCGGAUCGACGCUCGAUUAGUUUCCUUUUAUACUGCCACAAUCUGAAUGACGCCCCUGCCUCCCCCUCGCAUCGACUCGCACACUGUGGUCAGCGUGGCGGCUCCACCAGGCAUCCAGGCGGCGCGUAUAAAACGGCGGCCGUGGAGGCAGAGCGUCACAUUUGAGUCCGCAGCAGCUCAAACUCACCACCACCAUGAACUCCUCCGUCGUCUUCCUCCUCGUGGUGCUGGCCGCCGUGGCCCAGGCCAAGCCCCAGUUCCUGUCGUACGCGCCGGCAGCGUACGCAGCGGCCCCCGCCUACUCCUACUCGUACGCGCCCUCCGUCGCCUACACCGCCCCCGUUGCCGCCUACGCCCCCGCCGUGGCCGCCGCACCCUACGUGCGCUCUGCCUACACGUACUACUGAGCGCCGACGACGCUUCUGACCGACUUCAGAGUCUUCAGCAUGGCCGGCAGCGCAGCCCGCCCGAUGAGGCUUGGAAAAUAAAUUGCUGAGAACCACCGAAUCGUCUUUUUUCUUCAUUUUCAGAAACGAUCGCCUCGCGACACAUUAGCGCUUGAACAACUUAAACGUCUCAAGGUCGUGUUGGAGCGAGCCAUACUCCUCUCAGUGACCAAAACACAUGCAGCCUUGGACGAACAGGGGCACCCAAG